AUGGCAACAGCCCCUGCACCUUCGAUCAAGAAGUCGUUCUUCAAGAAACCAAACUGGGCCACAAUUGCGCCCCCAACUGAAUCGAGGGACUUCUUUAGACAUUCAGAUACUGUCUACGAUAGCAUUUUGAGGGAAAAGGAGAAGCGGAGGGAACGACAUGCUCAACAGAAGCAGGGUACAGCUGGCUUAGAUGAUGAAGACUCGGAUAGGGAGAGCAAAAGAAGAAGAAUCUUAAUCGACGAGGAAAACCAGAAGGAAGAUAGCUGUAGUGGCUCAGAAACAGCAAGCAUUCGAAGGGGGGAACAAGACACGGCACCAACUGGGCACCUUAAGACUCGAGCGAAGUCCCCUGCGAGACGCGGGCCUAUUCAAGCCGGAAGAGCAAGUCCUACCUAUCUCGAAUCUUCGCUAAAUCCUACUACCCUAUUACACUCUAAUGUCAUCGAACUCGACUCUCACAAAGAGAACAACCAGCAUCAACCAAUCGGACCUGAAAGAAAGGUCCAGGCUAGACUAUCGGACGAAGAGGCCUCGGAAGAGGAAGAUGAAUAUGUCCUCGCACUCAAACAAAAAGCUCGGGAGAAAGCACGCCUAAAGAAGCUAGGCAUUGAGCCUGCUCGUAAACAAGAACCGGCGUUACAGGCUUUAGAAGCCCAACAGCAACGGCAUUCACCCUCUGGCGACGAACCCACAUUCUUUCCACAACGCGCGGCACCCACUCCACCUUCCCAGAGAGACGAAACGAUCGUGCAAAUAUUCAUCGAUACCAAAAUUCCAAACGCAAAGCCACUGAUAGUCAAUCGGAAAGUCUCUCAACCUAUGCAGCAAGUCAGAGCCGUAUGGUGCGCGCGGCAGAACUUCACAGACGACAUAACAGCCCAAGUCAUCUUCACAUGGCGAGGGAAGCGGCUCUACGACACAACCACCAGUACGCACUUGCUGAAUGUCUUGAAGAUGGAGCGGGCUCGUCAAUUAGGCGGAUUGGCAGGCGAUGACGACGAAGAUCCGAGUAACGGAAGGAUAGAGGUGGUAGCUAUGACGAAGGACAUGUAUGAACAAAAACAGAAUAAGAACGACGCCGAAGCAGACGCAAAUGGUAUCACAGACCCAACCCUCCAGGAUCGCCAGUCGCAAGCGAGGUCAGCGACACCCGAACCAAAAUACACAAUCGUGAUGAACGCUCAAGGACUGGAGCCGUUACAGCUCAAAGUCAGGCCGAGCACGCCGGUCGCGAAGAUGAUGGCUGGCUUCAAAAAGUUACGCCACAUAGAUCCGGCGAAAACCUGUUGGUUGAUUCAUGACGGAGACAGAUUGGAGCCGGAGUCGUUGGUGAGGGACACAGAGAUAGAGGAUGGCGAUGCUGUGGAGGUACAUGUCAGGUGA